GGGGCUGCCCGCCGAGUGAGCGCGGCCGCGGAGCGCUUCGUCCCCCCGUGCCGCGGAGCCGCCGCCGCUCGGCGCUUCGCCUCGGCGGAGCCUUCCCGCGGAGCCCUCCGGCUGCAGGUAAUGGCACGGCCGGGGGUGCGGAGGGGGGGGAGAUGGGGGCGAACCCGAGAACGCGAGGGCUCCCGGCGCUCCCGACGGGACGGGGAGGCUCGGGAUGCUGCGCUCUCCCCGCGGCUCGGACUGAGGUCCCGUCCGGUGCGGAGAAACCUUUAGGGGACGGUGACAGCGGGGCUGAGGACAGCGGCCCUCUCGGGAGCUCCCCACGGAGCGAUGCUCGGCGGCACGGAACCGCCCCCGUCCCGCACCGGGAGAAAAAGAAAUCCGCGGUGAUAUAUAGGUUUAAAUGCAAAACGGCGCGUUCAAACAGUGAGCCAUUAUGCGUUCGGUGUGAAACGCUAUCAACAUUUAAAACUUCAUUGUCUCCUUUGUACCAAAUCCCUGUAAAUCUUCCACUAGCCUUUACUCAUUUUCAUCUGAAAAGCCUGUUUGGGCUGAAUAGACAGCAAUCAACAGCCUCUGGACUUCUCUCUCUCUCUCUCUCUCUCUCUGGAAUGUCAAUUAAAAUGCAGAUUUUUUUUUUUCCCCCCUCCUCAUCUCUUAGUGGUAAAAGACUUGAGAAAAACAGGAUAGUCCUGGAAAGCGAAUGAAAGAAGUUCAAACAAUGCGAAAGUACGGAGGCUGCCAGCCGGUUCCCAUUAGUCCUCCAGAAUUAAUGUUUAAUAGCUGUGAUGCUCAGAUUUGCUCGGAGAUUGAGCGGGGAUGGAGACGCGUGCGUACGUAUGUCUGCAUCUCUAUAAAUAGGUGUCAAUAUUUAAGCGCAUAAGCGCUCGUUGGGGAGCUCGGUGUGCCUGGAUGGUUGUGGAGAAGGCUGCUGUGUGCUGGCAUUGGGGGAAGGUCCGUAUUUCAUUCAGAUUUCUCUAUUCCCUGCCUAAUAGAGAGCGCUGCUAAGAGCUGCCCGAUGAGCAGCGUAUUGAUUUGGUUAACAUGCUCUACAAAUUGGACUCUCCCUGGGGAGUGAUAAACAUCUUAUAAACAACAAUGGGAGUAGAUUAAAAAGAACACUGAGCGUUGAAUUUAAUUAAUGCCACUGCCGAACAAGAACUACUUGUUUGUGCGCGAGUGUGCUCAAAGUGGAGGAGAGCUCGGAGGAAUUUGGUUGGGCUCCCAAACCAGUCUGCGUUCCCAUGCUCGUCAGUUUGGCACAGAAAUUUGGGCAGGUAUGUGACGAGGUGAAAAUUGACUUGAUGAGCGAGUGGCAAGGAGAGCCAUCAAUCAUUGGGGGCUGACAACUCCUCCCCGAAGUGUAGGCUGAGAGGAGAGACAGAGUUCCCUUUCAAGGGGAAAAAUAAACACUACGUGUGGCUUUCACUGAGUCUGAGACUCCAGGAGGGAUUAUGGUAUUGUAGUCAGGAAGCCAGAAUUGUGGAGGCCAAAAAGCAUGCUGGGGCUGUGUUCCAAACAUUGAGAUAGAGGUACAUAAUUACCCAGCGCAGGAGGUCCUUCCAGGGAGCCGUUCCCCAGCGACUGUGGCAAUCGAACUAUGAAAGGAAUUUGGGUUCGUUUUGGCUUCGUUGGACUCCGCUCAGUUUGGGAACGAGCAGCACUCGGACCGUGGUUGUAGAGUUGGGUUCUGCGGAUGGGCCCGGAGCUCUGAUUGUCUCUUUGCUACACCUUUUUGAGCCUCGGCUUUGAAUUUGGUGUUGCCCUGCGGGGGAAGAGUCCCUCCGUGCUGCUGUUGGAUGCUCAGUGCAGGAGUUGGCAGCCGCCUCCAGCCGCUGCCGUUCCCGGUGAGGAGGGAUUGCCCUGGCCGAAGGCACUGCGUUCUGUCCAUGCUCCUGUAGAGGUGCUCAGAUGGGAUUAAAGUCCACAUGGAGAUAUGGAAAUGGACCAGGAACUUACUCUAAAAAGAUGGUCAGCUGGGAUUCGGGUUGCCUUAUCUGCCUGGUGGUGGUCACCAUGGCUGGACUUUCCCUGGCUCGACCGUCAUUUAACUUAGUUGUUGAAGAUGCCACUUUGGAACCCGAAGAGCCGCCAACCAAAUACCAAAUCUCUCAGCCAGAUGUACACUCUGCACUUCCAGGAGAACCACUUGAGUUGCGCUGUCAAUUGAAAGACGCCGUCAUGAUCAGUUGGACUAAGGAUGGGGUCCCCUUGGGGCCCGACAAUAGGACAGUGAUUAUUGGGGAGUACUUACAAAUUAAAGAUGCUUCACCCAGAGAUUCGGGCCUCUAUGCUUGCACUGCUAUUAGGACCCUAGACAGUGAUACUCUGUACUUCAUUGUAAAUGUUACAGAUGCUCUUUCUUCUGGGGAUGAUGAAGAUGACAAUGAUGGGUCUGAGGACUUUGUGAAUGACAGCAACCAGAUGAGGGCGCCCUAUUGGACACACACAGACAAAAUGGAGAAAAGGUUACACGCAGUGCCAGCAGCAAACACUGUCAAGUUUCGUUGCCCAGCCAUGGGAAACCCAACACCAACCAUGAGAUGGCUGAAAAAUGGGAAAGAGUUUAAACAAGAACAUCGUAUUGGCGGCUAUAAGGUCCGCAACCAGCACUGGAGUCUCAUCAUGGAGAGCGUAGUCCCAUCCGACAAAGGAAAUUACACGUGCAUCGUGGAAAACCAGUAUGGCUCCAUCAACCACACUUACCAUCUCGAUGUUGUCGAGCGAUCACCGCACAGGCCCAUCCUCCAGGCUGGCCUUCCAGCAAACGCCUCGGCUGUAGUCGGAGGUGAUGUCGAGUUUGUCUGCAAAGUCUACAGUGAUGCUCAACCCCACAUUCAGUGGAUAAAACACGUAGAGAGGAAUGGCAGUAAAUACGGACCAGAUGGACUGCCUUACCUUCAGGUUUUAAAGCAUUCGGGGAUAAAUAGUUCCAAUGCUGAAGUGCUGACACUGUACAAUGUGACAGAGGCGGACGCUGGAGAAUAUAUUUGUAAGGUCUCCAAUUAUAUAGGGGAGGCCAACCAGUCUGCCUGGCUCUCUGUUCUGCCGAGUUUACAAGCUCCUGAAAAGGAAAAGGAAUUUCCCACAUCUCCAGACUACCUGGAAAUAGCAAUUUACUGCAUAGGGGUCUUCCUGAUCGCCUGCAUGGUGCUGACAGUCAUCCUGUGCCGCAUGAAGAACACCACCAAGAAGCCUGACUUCAGCAGCCAGCCCGCUGUCCACAAGCUGACAAAGCGAAUCCCUCUGCGCAGACAGGUAACAGUGUCAGCUGACUCAAGCUCCUCCAUGAACUCCAACACGCCUCUGGUGAGGAUAACUACUCGCCUCUCCUCCACUGCUGAUGCCCCAAUGCUGGCAGGGGUCUCAGAAUAUGAACUGCCAGAGGACCCAAAAUGGGAGUUUCCAAGGGAUAAGCUGACGCUGGGUAAACCCCUGGGGGAAGGCUGCUUUGGGCAAGUGGUGAUGGCUGAAGCGGUGGGGAUUGACAAAGACCGGCCCAAAGAAGCAGUGACUGUGGCAGUGAAGAUGCUGAAAGAUGAUGCUACGGAAAAGGAUCUAUCCGACCUGGUGUCAGAGAUGGAGAUGAUGAAGAUGAUUGGGAAACAUAAAAAUAUCAUCAAUCUUCUUGGAGCCUGUACCCAGGAUGGUCCGCUGUAUGUGAUUGUAGAAUAUGCUUCCAAAGGAAACCUGCGUGAGUACCUGCGAGCACGCCGCCCUCCUGGGAUGGAGUACUCCUUUGAUAUUAACAGGGUCCCAGAGGAGCAGAUGACAUUCAAGGACUUGGUAUCCUGCACGUACCAGUUGGCAAGAGGCAUGGAGUACUUGGCUUCACAAAAAUGUAUCCACCGAGACCUAGCUGCAAGAAAUGUUUUGGUAACUGAAAAUAACGUCAUGAAAAUAGCAGACUUCGGUUUAGCCAGAGACAUCAACAAUAUAGAUUAUUAUAAAAAGACUACUAAUGGACGGCUUCCAGUAAAGUGGAUGGCUCCAGAAGCUCUGUUUGACAGAGUUUACACGCACCAAAGCGACGUAUGGUCAUUUGGUGUGCUAAUGUGGGAGAUCUUCACCUUAGGAGGAUCGCCCUACCCAGGAAUCCCAGUGGAGGAACUUUUUAAGCUGCUUAAAGAAGGGCACCGAAUGGAUAAACCUGCCAACUGCACCAAUGAACUCUACAUGAUGAUGAGAGAUUGCUGGCAGGCUGUGCCUUCACAAAGACCAACUUUUAAACAGUUGGUAGAAGACUUGGAUCGGAUCCUUACUCUCACAACUAACGAGGAGUAUCUGGACCUCAGCGGACCUCUGGAGCAGUAUUCACCUAGCUACCCUGACACCAGGAGUUCGUGUUCUUCAGGUGAUGACUCUGUUUUUUCUCCCGAUCCAAUGCCUUAUGAACCCUGUCUUCCCAAGUACCAACACAUGAAUGGGAGCGUUAAAACAUGAAAAGAAGCAAGAACAUCAAGCUACCUACCACAUACAGAACAUCUUUUCUCCGGGGCCCUAAAGAUUCUGCUUGUACAUAUGAAAUAUGGGAGGAAAAAAAAAAAAAGAAAAAAAAAAAAAAGAAAACUUGGAGGAAAGCAGUCAGAUCAUACAUUGAAGAUCUCAUAAUGUGCAACUUCUAUUAAAUGUUCCCAACGAAGAAGAAUGUUUAUGAGCUGUGUCUUAGAUACCCAUCGCUAUCCAUUUUCUGGCUUACCCGAAGCUGCGACAGACUUCGUUUGUACAAUGGACCAGUUGGACUUGAGGCAAACUCUGGGUCUGCCUUUCUUGUUUAUUUUGUAAUAUUUGGAGAAAAUAUAUGUUGGCACACACUUACAGAGCACAAAUGCAGUAUAUAGGUGCUGGAUGUAUGUAAAUAUAUUCAAAAUAUGUAUAAAUAUAUAUUAUAUAUAUUUACAAUGAAUUAUUUUUUGUAUUGAUUUUAAAAAUGGAUGUCCCAAUCCACCUAGCAAAUUAGUCUCUUUUUUAACAGCUAUUUGCUAAAUGCUGUUCUUACACAGAAUUUCUUAAUUUUCACCAUCCAAGGGUGGAAAAUACUUUGCUUUCAGGGAAAAUGGUAUAUCAUUAAUUUAUUAACUAAUUGGUAAUGUACAAAACAAUUAAUCGUUUAUAGGGUUGUUGUGUUUUUGUAAUUUAAAUGGCAUUUCUAUGCAGGCAGCACAGAGAACUAGUAGAUAUAUUGCUCAGACUUUACUAGUUUUCAGAUCUUUAAAAAAAAAAAAGAAAUAUUUACAGUAUAUAACUAAUUUGGGGGAAUUAAGCUUUUGAUUUAUUUGUGUUUAAAAACUGCAGUGUCAGAUGAUUAUUCUUAUCGAAACCAAAUCCUUUAACAAGAAUGUCUUUUAUUCUCAAUACUUGUCACUUUAACAACUUAACUCUUUAGGCAGUGUUUCCCAUGGUGGAAAACCAAUCAUUCCUCCAAGAAAGAGAGAAAGAAAGAAAAAAUCAGAAUGGGUUCCUAAAGUAAAGGCAAGUCAUUAACUUGUCUAUAACCAUAGCAAGACAUACCGCUCUAAAAGGAACUGAGCUUCCACCCUGGGUUGCACAUGCAACACAUUAAAUAGAUUUCUCUUCACUGGGCUGGGUAAUAGGUUCCAGAUCUUUUGGCCUGGAUCUUUUGCCUUUUAGACUAUCCCUCUAUUGUAACUUAAGUUUAAAAAGAGAGAGGUUGUUUAUAAUGACAGUUUGCCAUAGGAAUAUCAGCAUCUUUUUAAAGGAUUAAUUCAUGCUGACUCCAGUAUUUCCUUCUGAUUCAUUCCAUAACAGUAGGUAUAGCACUGGCCUCUGCUAAAAUAUCACUGUUGUUUGUAUCUUUGUACGGAAGUCUUGUGUUUGUACUUUCAGAACCCUCACACUGAUAUGGCCAUGCAAUAUGAAUGCAAAUUACACUGUUCUAUGUGUGUGGUUUUUUUUAAUUGGGUAAAAGAAGUAUUAAAAUCUGUUAACUUUUGUACUGACAAUAAAAUGUUUCUACAGAUAUUAAUGUUAAAAUUACAAAAUAAACGUCAUGCAGCUUAUUUUUCCUAA